AGAGCCGGCUGCUGGUGCAGCGGCUGCUGAGGCAGCGAGUGCUGCUGCAUCCGGAUUGCUUAUCUCCGAGGCUACGCCUGGUCUCUAAGUAGGGAGGACGGACGYAGUCAGGCCCGGGCUGUGUAGGUGCUCAGUGCCUGCCGAGUUUUAGGAGGGAUUCAGGCUGCGGCCUGUCGGAGCCAGUCAGGGAGGCGCCCACACUCCUGACAGGAUAAAAUGGCGGCGAUGGCGCCUGGAGGUAGUGGCWGUGGCGGCGGCGGCGUGAAUCCAUUCCUUAGCGAUUCGGAUGAGGACGACGACGAGGUAGCUGCGACCGAAGAACGGCGGGCAGGACUUCGGCUGGGUGCCGGCGGUGACCUAGAUCCUGGGUCUGCGGGCUCGCUGUCGCCACAGGAUCCCGUGGCCUUAGGGAGCAGUACGCGGCCAGGGCUCCCUGGGGAGGCGUCGGUGCCUGCGAUGGCCCUGGGGGGCACAGGGGAGACCCCAGCCCGCUUGUCAAUCGAUGCAAUCGCGGCUCAGCUGCUGCGCGACCAAUACUUGCUGACUGCUCURGAGCUGCACACCGAGCUGUUAGAGAGCGGUCGCGAGCUGCCUCGGCUGCGCGACUACUUCUCAAACCCGGGCAACUUCGAGAGGCAGAGCGGGACCCCGCCCGGGAUGGGGCCGCCUGGGAUCCCGGGAGCAGCCGGCGUCGGAGGCGCUGGAGGUCGGGAGCCGAGUACGACGUCGGGCGGGGGACAGCUUAACCGAGCUGGAAGCAUCAGUACUCUGGAUUCUUUAGACUUUGCAAGAUAUUCAGAUGAUGGUAACAGGGAAACAGAUGAGAGAGUGGCAGUCCUGGAGUUUGAACUACGGAAAGCCAAGGAGACCAUUCAGGCCCUCCGAGCCAACCUGACAAAGGCUGCAGAACAUGAAGUUCCUUUACAGGAACGAAAAAAUUACAAAUCGAGUCCUGAAAUUCAGGAGCCAAUCAAACCUCUUGAAAAGAGAGCUCUAAACUUCUUAGUCAAUGAAUUUUUAUUGAAGAAUAACUAUAAGCUUACAUCAAUAACUUUUUCAGAUGAAAAUGAUGAUCAGGAUUUUGAAUUAUGGGAUGAUGUAGGAUUAAACAUUCCAAAACCUCCAGACUUACUACAGCUUUACCGAGAUUUUGGAAAUCAUCAAGUGACUGGUAAAGAUCUUGUGGAUGUUGCCAGUGGAGUAGAAGAAGAUGAAUUAGAGGCUCUUACACCAGUUUUGGGCAGUCUUCCUCCAUCCCUCGAAACGCCUCAACCUGUAGAGAACUCUUUGCUAAUACAAAAAUUAGAAGAUAAAAUUAGUUUAUUAAAUAGUGAGAAAUGGUCAUUGAUGGAACAAAUCAGAAGACUUGAAAGUGAAAUGGACUGCCUCAAAAAUGAACACUUUGCUAUCCCAGCAGUUUUUGAAUCUAUUCAACCUUCCUUAGAUCCAUCUCCCCACAAAGACUCUGAAGACAGUGGACAAAGUCAAGUUGUAAAUAAUUUAGAGAAGGGAAAAAAUAAGGAUAUCCAUUCUUCAAUAACAGAUAUAACUGAUUCCAUUAUUCUUAAAGAGAAUUCUUCAGAUUCUUUCCCCAGGAUAGAAAGGGAAGGAAUGCCAUCUUCUUCUCCAGCAAGUAAAACCACAGUUCAUUUUGAUAAACCCAACAGGAAAUUGUCUCCUGCUUUCCACCAAGCACUACUUUCUUUUUGUCGAAUGUCAGCCGAUAGUCGUUUAGGAUCAGAGGUGUCUCGGAUUGCAGACAGUGAAAAAAGUGUUAUGUUAAUGCUGGGACGCUGCCUGCCACACAUUGUUCCUAAUGUACUGUUGGCAAAGAGAGAGAGAAUGGUUUUACACCUCUGUCAGGAGUUGAUUCCCCUCAUAUUGUGUACAGCAUGUCUACAUCCUGAGCCUAAAGAGAGAGAUCAGCUUCUCCACAUACUUUUCAAUUUGAUCAAGAGACCAGAUGAUGAGCAAAGGCAAAUGAUACUGACAGGUUGUGUGGCAUUUGCACGUCAUGUUGGACCAACACGUGUAGAGGCUGAACUCUUACCACAGUGUUGGGAGCAGAUUAAUCACAAAUACCCAGAAAGACGACUACUUGUGGCGGAAUCCUGUGGAGCAUUGGCACCUUACCUUCCUAAAGAAAUUCGUAGCUCCUUGGUUCUUUCAAUGUUGCAACAGAUGUUAAUGGAAGAUAAAGCAGAUUUAGUAAGAGAAGCAGUGAUCAAAAGCCUUGGAAUCAUUAUGGGAUACAUUGAUGAUCCAGACAAAUAUCAACAAGGUUUUGAAUUGUUGCUGUCAGCCUUAGGCGAUCCCUCAGAGAGAGUAGUUAGUGCAACACAUCAAGUAUUUUUACCAGCUUAUGCUGCCUGGACUACAGAACUUGGAAAUUUACAGUCUCAUCUUAUACCUACACUACUGAACAAGAUUGAAAAGCUUCUUAGGGAAGGAGAACACGGGCUGGAUGAACAUAAGCUCCACAUGUAUCUUUCUGCCUUGCAGUCUUUGAUCCCAUCUCUCUUUGCAUUAGUGCUACAAAAUGCACCUUUCUCCAGCAAAGCCAAGCUUCAUGGUGAAGUGCCACAGAUAGAAGUGACUAGGUUUCCUCGCCCUAUGUCACCUCUUCAAGAUGUGUCUACUAUUAUUGGAAGUCGUGAGCAAUUGGCAGUGCUCCUACAACUUUACGAUUACCAGCUAGAACAUGAGGGUACAACAGGCUGGGAGAGUUUGCUAUGGGUGGUCAAUCAAUUGUUGCCACAACUUAUAGAAAUAGUUGGCAAAAUUAAUGUUACUUCAACUGCCUGUGUCCAUGAAUUCUCCAGAUUUUUUUGGCGCCUUUGCCGGACAUUUGGCAAAAUUUUUACGAACACUAAGGUCAAACCUCAAUUCCAGGAGAUCUUAAGACUGUCUGAAGAAAAUAUUGAUUCCUCAGCAGGAAAUGGGGUCCUCACUAAAGCUACAGUCCCCAUUUAUGCAACAGGAGUCCUUACGUGUUAUAUUCAGGAAGAAGACCGAAAACUGUUGGUUGGAUUCUUAGAAGAUGUAAUGACCCUGCUUUCACUAUCUCAUGCUCCUCUUGAUAGCCUGAAGGCUUCUUUUGUGGAACUGGGUGCGAAUCCUGCUUACCAUGAGUUGCUGUUAACUGUUUUGUGGUAUGGUGUUGUCCAUACUUCAGCACUUGUAAGGUGUACUGCUGCUAGAAUGUUUGAGCUGUUGGUGAAGGGGGUGAAUGAAACUCUGGUAGCUCAGAGGGUUGUUCCUGCUCUCAUUACACUCUCCAGUGACCCUGAAAUCUCUGUCAGGAUUGCCACAAUUCCAGCUUUUGGCACUAUUAUGGAAACAGUUAUUCAAAGAGAGUUACUAGAAAGAGUGAAAAUGCAGUUGGCUUCUUUCCUGGAAGAUCCUCAGUAUCAAGAUCAACAUUCUUUGCAUACAGAGAUCAUAAAAACAUUUGGUAGAGUUGGGCCUAAUGCAGAACCCAGGUUCCGAGAUGAGUUCGUUAUACCACAUUUGCAUAAGUUAGCCUUGGUGAACAACUUACAAAUUGUGGAUUCUAAAAGACUGGACAUUGCUACCCAUCUUUUUGAAGCCUACAGUGCACUUUCAUGUUGUUUCAUUUCAGAGGAUUUAAUGGUAAAUCAUUUUUUACCUGGCCUCAGGUGUUUACGCACUGACAUGGAACAUCUCUCUCCAGAACAUGAGGUUAUUUUAAGUUCUAUGAUAAAAGAAUGUGAACAAAAAGUAGAAAACAAGACUGUCCAAGAGCCUCAAGGCUCAAUGUCAAUUGCUGCAAGCUUAGUGAGUGAAGAUACAAAGACGAAGUUUUUAAACAAAAUGGGUCAGUUGACAACAUCAGGUGCCAUGCUGGCCAAUGUGUUUCAGAGAAAGAAGUAGAAGGAAGAAGGAAACCCCCAAUAAACACUAAGAUGGACCUCAAACAGACUGGCUCCUUGUACUUGAAGUACUUGCCUUUUUUUAUUUCCUCAGUUUUGUGUUCUUACGUUAUAUUUUUAUCCUAACCUCCAAAAAUAUUUGCACUGCUUUUGAGUAUUGCUGUAUGUCUUCUGUUGAUUUGGGAAUUACAACUGUGGUAAUAGAAAAUUGAUUGGUUGGUCUGUACCAAGUCCCUCUUCUAUGUUCUUAUCUUUGAGAAUAAUUUUAUAUAUAUAUAUAUAUAUAUAUGUAUAUAUAUAGUGAAGAGGUUUUUGUUUUGUUUUUGUUUUUUAUUUUUGGAUGGGAUAUUAGCAAAUAUCUGUAUUAUACUCUAAGCUAUUACAAUGGUACUUAAAAUAAUGUAAAUUUGAAGUCAUUGUUAUAAAGUAAUAAAAGUGGAGAUUACUUAAGUAUUUAAAUUAUGAAAGAAUAAUGAAGACUUUUUAUUGUUUCCUAACUGACUAGAAAGAGCCACCAGCAUUACUCUGUGCCUUUUGGACUUCAGUUUGUGUGUUCUGUAGGAAUUAUGUGCAUUCCAUUCACACAGUAUUUCUUUAGGCUGCUGUGAUGAAUUUGAAUUACAAAUCCUACAGCAAAUAGAUAAUGACGAAACUUUCAACAUUUCAGAGCUCUCAUGAAUAUUCCUUAAGUAACUAUUUAAACCUCCCCAGCACUUACAUGCAUGUAAUGGACUCACCUGAGAAAAGACAGCACAUAAGCAUGGGGAGUAAUGACCAAGGUAAACUUUGCAAAGAGUGUAGUAGACUUUAAUGCUCAGAAAAAAAUGUAACUGAGAAGAGCUAAUACUUGUGAAUUUUUUCCCAAAUCAAAAUACAAAAAAAAAAUAUAUAUGGUUYGGAUCUGAAAUUUAAUAUCUUAUUUAUGUAAAACAUUUUCUUGAAGAUAUUUUCUGAUGAUUUUAAUUCCAUAGGUCACCUUUUCAUUCUGUGUGUUACAGAGAAGUAUUGAAAAGUUAAGGACAUUUAGGAAGUGCUUUUUUCCCUCUAAACUAAAAGUGACGUUGGAUAAAUUAUUAUUGGUUAGUUACCACCUUAAAGUCUAUUCUUAAAGUGACUAUUCUUGUGUUUGGUGUAUUUAAGUUAAUAUAUAGUUCCACUGGGAUUUGACUGUUGUCUCUACAGUAAUAGAACUUGAAGUAGAAAAGGAUGCUGGACACAGAAAAAGGGUGAUUGGUUUGAGGGGUUAAUGUGAGGCUUUUUUGAAAAAUGAAUAUUUUGAUAAAAGAAAAUCAUCAUUUGAGCAYGGUUGAUACUCAUAGGUGAUUCUCAUAUUUGUUGUAUAAACUGGUUUAAUAUUCUUGGAACAUAGUUGGACUAUAUUCACUUCCUGGGAAAGCUAGCUUACCAUACAUUCAAACUUACAAAAUAAGUUGCAAUAGGCAAAGCCAUUUAAAAAUUUCAUUCUAAAAUUAUUUCUUUUACCUACAGUGAAAUAAUUGUUGACAAACUAGUUCUUCUGAAAACUGUUGGAUUCUAGGCAUUCCUGAGAAAUUGAAAGUGGCUACCUUUCAUGUCAAAAAUGUUGAUCUAUUAUAAAUAAAAUGUUUUGCAUA